AUGUUUCUGGUUUUUAACCAAUUCAAAACUCUCUGGCUGCUACUUCUGAUAACCUUCACACAAUGUGAAGGAAGUAUUCAUUGGACAUUUUUUCCUUCGGUUCCUAAGGAAAUCAACAAAACAACAUUUCCAGUCAACAUCAAUUCAAACUCUUCAUCGGAUGUAAUUUUAUUGAAAUGUCCAGACAAGAAAUACAGGCAUUUAACUGUUAAUGACACUUUUAACUUGAACGAUUCGUCAGACUUUAGAAAACUAACGAUACGCACUGAAAGUAAAACUUUUGCAUGGACACUGUUGGGAUAUAACCUGUUUGGACCUCACCUAGUUCAUUGUGGAGUUUUUGGAAAAGCAUUAAGUGACGAAAACCACAAGCUCUAUAAAUGGAAGUUUAAUUUUAACUGGGAACUCGCACCAAAUCCUUAUAUGGUGGCAAAACGAAUUACAAUAAAUAACCAACUACUUCAUCCUGACGAAUGCGGCAAUGAUGAAAAAAAAGUUUUAAAAUUCACAAAGGACAAAACAGGGAAGAUAUUUCAACUCAGAUUAGUUAAUGAUGAAUUGAAAACAUCGGAUGAACUGCCACAUGUAAAUAAGAUUUAUUAUUUGUUUACAAUGCCUGAAGAUAAUUCUAAAAAGGAGAUUGCAGAGCCUUGUAUGAUCUUUAGAGCUAUCAAUGACAGACCAGAAAUUUUAGUUAAAGGAUACAAUUCAACUCAAGUAAUGCUGAAUGGUACACAAGUUGAAGUUAUAAAAUUUGACUAUUUGGAAAAGUUUCUUGAAAUUCAACUCCUUUUAAAAAAUCAACCAAAUUUAAAAGAUUUUUAUAAGAACGAAGAAAUUUUAAUAACCAAAGUUAUUUUUACAAAGAAUGGAGUUAAAGAAGUGCCAAACUCCAACAAAACUACUAAUGGUACCUUCUCAUUGAAUGGAUAUGAACUUUUAAAAUUCUCCUAUGAUUGCCCGUCGAUUGGAAGAAACCGUAUGAUAACAAAGAUCUUCUAUUUCGCACCACCACAAGAAAACUUUACAUAUCCAUUGGAGUACAUUUUUUACUCAUCAAAUGAGACGGUGGUCAGACCAAAUUGUUCCAUCAAUAGAUUCAGUUUUGGAUACCUUUAUUCAGUUGAUUACAUUAACAAAAAUAUAGUUAAUCUAACUGAGUUGAAUGCUAAUGGAGUAGCAAAAGAUGGUUUGUAUCGCUCUGGUGAUUUUGUCUUUACAUCAGAAGUAAAAAAUUUCAAUACAACAUUAAAAUGCCUUUACAAAACACCUAAUGGAAAAGUCACUUUAAUUCACUCGUUUUUACGUAAUGACAAACCAAGUUCUGAAAAAGCUGAAUCAACUAAUAAGAAUACACAAAAAUCAGGAUUUGAAAAAUUUAAGGAAAAAUUUGGAUUUUUUGGUGCAAUUUCUAUUAUUGUUGGAAGUGUCAUUAUUGGUAUUUUAAUUUUUAUUGGUUUCUGUGCACUAAUAUUUCUUAAACAAAUAAAGUUAUAUAUUAGAAGAAGGAAAUUAGCAUCUAAAUAUCCUAAUAUAUUUGCAUUGUGGAAAGAAGUAUCAAAUGCAAAUUUGGAAAAGUACUGUAAGAUAGUUCAAGAUGAAAACUAUAUUCCGGAUAUAUUAAUGAGGCAAUCGUUUUUAAAGAAAAUAGAAGGUGAUGAAGAGGUUGAUUACGAUACAAGUACUCGUUUUGAUUCAUCUUUGGUCAAAUGUUUUAAAUCAAUCUCUGAAGAAAUAAGAGCUCAUUACAUUAAUGAUGUCUCACCAGAAAGAAAUUAUAUCAUUUCUGAUGGACCAACACCUGAAAAAAUACAAUAUUUUUGGGAGUUACUUUACAAAGAAGAUGCUACAGUUGUUGUUGCAAUGAUUUAUCACGAUAAUGAAGAUAACCCAGAAACAAAUAAUAAAUUGUUAUAUUGGCCUGAAAAAAACCAAACUUAUGGAAAUGUUACUGUUAAAUUUUUGGAAGAACUGCCAACGAAUCUUAUAUCUGUUAAAAUUUUAAAGUUUAACAUGACUAUGAAGGGAGAAAAGUCAAAGGAACUGACAAUUUUUCAUGUCAAGGAUUGGAAGGAAUAUACAAUACCAAAUACGGAUCUGGAUUUCACCAAAUUACACUCAGAGGUUUCUGAAUGUGCUGGAAAUAAGAAUAUUCUUGUCCAUGCUUCACGUAGUGCUGGAUCAAGUGUAUUUAUUUUUACAUAUUUUUGUUGUAUUUUGGAAAUAAUUAAAGCUGAUGUCUCAAUUUUUAAUCCAAUGGAGAUUAUAAAAGAAAUUCGUGAAAAACGUUAUGGUGGUAACAUUUCUUCUAUAGAAUAUGCUUACUUAUUAAAAACUCUUAUUACAUAUUUUUUUGAUAAUAUGAUGUUAUUGGACACAAAUAAUAAAAGAAUAAAUUUUACCAACCAAUAUGACAAUUAUCUUUACAAGUUGAAUGCUCCUAAAGACAAUAUGGAUAAAAGAAUCAAGCGUUUUUUACAAUUUAUUAGUAUUCUUGAUGAUGUAAAAUUGGAUGAACUUUGUGUACAAUUUGAUAAAGUAGGAAUUAUAAGUGAUAAUGGUCUUAAAAUAAAAUGUAAACGUUUCUAUGAUGCUAAACAAAAAAAUCGUUACAAUGAUAUAUCAUGUCUUGAUAAAACAUCAGUAAAUAUUAAUGGAUAUGAUUCUAAAAAUGUACUUGGUUAUAUACAUGCUAAUCAAAUGAUCUAUAAGUAUGGUGAUGAAAAGGAAAGAAAAAUUAUUAUGUGUCAGGCACCAUUAUUAACAACAGUUGAUGAUAUGUAUGACAUGAUUUUUAGAUACAAGAUCGGAAUCAUUGUCAUACUUCUCAAUGAAAAAGAAAUAAAGGAACAAAAUAAAUGUUUUCCUUAUUUCCCAACAGAUGCUAAAGAAAUAAAAACAAGUAGAUUUACUAUCUUGUAUAUUAAUAAAAAAUUUGAUAAUGAAAAUCAUAUUAUUGAAUAUGACUACACAAUUUUUAAUGAUCAAAAUGUAUCAAAUAAUUUUAAAAUUCUUCAAUACAUCAAUUGGCCUGAUAAAAGCAUACCUACAGAAAGUAAAACUAUUCAUGAACUGUACAAAAAGAUUAUAAAUCUUGACAAUAAUUGUCAAAUAGCAAUUCAUUGUAGUACAGGAAUAGGAAGAACUGGAUCAUUAGCAUUAGCUAUUUAUAUGAUUGAUAUGAUCAAUUCAUAUAUAGCUUUUGAUCCAAUAAAAUUUUUGGAAACUCUUAGGUCAUAUCGUUAUAAAGCAGUUCAGACUAAGAUGCAAUUUAUCUUUUCUCUUUCAAUUGUUUAUGAACAUUUUAAAAAUAAGAUAGAUGAAAUGGAUCCUGAUGCUUACAAAAAUUUUACAACAAUGUCAAAAAAAAUCUUGCGUCAAAAUAAAGAAUAUAAAGGAUAA